AUGGGCCACGACAUGUCCCCACCACAGGGUGUCACAUCUCUGCUGGACACAGAUUUGUACAAGCUGACGAUGCAAUGCGCGGUCCUCAAAUACUUCCCGGAUGUUUAUGUGACCUACGGCUACACGAAUCGGACCCCGCACAUGAAAUUACAACGUGGGGCAUACAAAUGGCUUUUGGAGCAGAUGGACAAGCUGGCUGUAAUUCGCGUCACCGCCGAAGAGCGUGAAUGGCUCCGCCAAAAGUGUCCUUACCUCAAUGAGGAAUACCUCGCUUUCCUAGAGACCUUCCACCUCAGACCUUCCGAGCAUAUCAAGAUCAAGUUUGUUCCGGAACAUGAUACGGGCAGUGAUAGUGACGAGGGCAAUGUGGAGUACAUUGUCGAUGGUCUCUGGCUUGAUACGAUCUUGUAUGAAAUCCCAUUACUGGCAUUGACUAGCCAGGCAUAUUUCAUGUUCACCGACAAAGAUUGGGAUUACGAAAAUCAGGAGGAAAAGGCAUAUCAGAAAGGAUGCACUUUACUCCAGAAUGGCUGUGUGUUCUCCGAGUUCGGCUCGCGCCGUCGCCGCGACUACCACACCCAGGACCUGGUAAUGAAGGGACUCUGCCGUGCGGCAGAGGAGGGAAAGAAGCAGGGCUGGCCGGGUAUGAUGGCGGGAACCAGCAAUGUACACUUUGCUAUGAAAUACAAUAAGGGUGCUGUCGGCACUGUGGCACACGAAUGGUACAUGACCAUUGCAGCUAUCACGGAUGACUACCAGAAGGCCAAUGAGUUGGCAUUGAGUUACUGGCUUGGCUGUUUCGGAGAGGGAGUUCUUGGAAUCGCUCUCACUGACACCUUUGGCACACCGGCUUUCCUGGAUGCAUUCAGCAAGCCUAUUUCAGUACCAAAUCAACAGGGUGACAUUCAACCGAAAACGAGGACUUACGCUCAGAGCUACGCCGGCGUCCGCCAAGACUCAGGUGACCCAGCGUUCUUCGUCAAGAUGGUCCGGGACUUCUAUGAUAGCCAAGGUAUCACCGACUCCAAGACAGUGGUAUUCUCAGAUUCGCUGGAUAUUGAGCAUUGCCUGGAGUACAAGGCAAUUGCCGAAAAGGCAGGCUUUAACCCUACCUUUGGAGUGGGAACAUUCUUUACCAACGAUUUCAUCAAUAAAUCAACCGGACAGAAAUCUAAGCCCCUCAACAUUGUUAUCAAGAUCGCCACCGCGAACGGCAGUCCCGCGGUCAAGCUUAGUGACAAUUUGGGCAAAAAUAUGGGCGAUUCAGCCAAGGUCCAGGAAGUCAAGAAGAAGUUGGGCUAUGUCGAGCACGAGUGGGAAGAGGGUGACGAGAGUCACCGCUGGACGAAGCAGGCAUAG